GUAAUUUUCAUUGAGACUAGUAUUGCAAUUUAAAGAGACUAAUUAAUACUAUUAUGAUUUUCUUUUCUUGUAUUUACUUGUAUAUGUACUACAGAUGUUUGUAGCACCAAUUCAUGAGGCACUUGAUACUAAGUUUCUAAAACUUGAUAAGAGUAUGCAUUCAAGAGAAAACAUCAAACGAUUAUUCUACGUGCGAGCACUCCUCUUGUCGGGAAAUACACUGGUGACGGCAGCAUUUCCGUUCAUGGGGGACUUCGUGAACUUGUUUGGAUCAUUCACACUUGUGCCUCUCACCUUCAUGUUCCCAAGCAUGAUCUUCCUUAAGGUUAAGGGAAAGACGGCGAGAAUAGAGAAAAAAAUGUGGCAUUGGAUAAUCAUUCUCUUGUUUUCUCUCCUUGCAGUAGCAACUACAAUAUCUGCUUUCAAAUCCAUUAUUAACAAUGUUAGAGAAUAUCAUUUCUUUGCAGAUACAUGACCACAAACAUUGAUUGAAUACAAUGAUAUUACGAAGAAAUGUUGAAGAUGUUGAAGAUCUGUUUUUUUUUUUUUUUAGGCAAUG